GUUGGUUCGAGCCUCAGUAUUACUAGAAAAUCUUUCCGAUUCAACCAAGACCCGUUCAACGCUGUUGCACUUGAAUACGGCUACUUAAGAACACGAAGUGUAUACACGAUAAUGACUCCUCCGAAAACACCAACACGCCAACUUGGUCGGGAUGGUCCUCAGAUCCCGGCCAUUGGUAUGGGUCUGAUGAGCAUGAGCGUGGGAUAUGGCCAGGCUGCAUCUGAUGAAGACCGUAUUGCACUUCUCGACCGAGCGUGGGAAAUAGGAUGCACGAAUUGGGACACAUCUGACAUCUACGGAGACUCAGAGAAUGUUAUUGGAAAGUGGUUCAAGCUUCACCCGGAGCGUCGAAAGGAUAUCUUCCUUGCAAGCAAGUUUGGUCUCAAGGCUACCAGUUCCGGUAUUGUCGCAGAUUCGUCUCCAGAGCACUGUCAGGAGUGCAUUACGCGAAGUCUGUCCAGGAUCGGUGUCGAGUGCAUCGACUUGUACUACGUCCAUCGCGUGGAUCCAGCUGUCCCUAUCGAGAAAACGAUUGCGGUUAUGGGAGAACUUGUCAGGCAGGGCAAGGUCAAAUACCUGGGCCUCUCCGAGAUCUCGUCCAAUACUCUCCGUCGUGCCGCAGCCAUUCACCCGAUUGCGGCUGUACAGGCAGAAUACAGCCUCUGGACUACAGACAUCGAAGGUCCCAGGGGAACGUAUCUGUUGGAUACAUGCAAGGAUUUGGGUGUCACCAUAUUUGCGUACUCCCCACUCGGUAGAGGCAUGUUGACCGGGCAUUUACGAGCCGUAGCGGACAUCUCGGGCCCGGGAGAUGCUCGCGCGGGCAUGUCAAGGUUUCAAGAGAAUAACUUACGGGAGAACUUGGAGAUGGUUGAUAAGAUUGAGGCAAUUGCAGAUAAGAAAGGCUGCUCCCCGGGACAAUUGGCGCUAGCAUGGCUAGGAGCACAAGGUUCGAAUAUCAUCCCAAUCCCAGGCACGAAGAGAAUAAAGCAUCUUCAGGAGAACUUCGGAGCUAUCACGGUUGAAUUGAGCGAGGAAGAGCUUGAAGCUCUAAGGACCAUUGUGGAGAAGAUGGAUGUGAGUGGCGAGAGGGAUGCUUCGUUCGGGGCAUACCUUGACACUGCCCCCUUGACUUGAAGAUGGGAAAAGAGAUCACCAAUCCUACUGUACUAAGGGUGUGUUGACAUUUAUCUAAGAUUCACUUUGCUGGCCCUACACCUUCUAGGUCUCUCGAAUCCAACCUUAAGGGCUAGGGGUAUUUAGGUAAAAGAGGAC